AUGGCUUCUGAUUCCUUCAACAGGAGCUCCUCCUCCUCCUUCAUGCUGGUGGGUGUGCCUGGCCUGGAAGCUUUCUCCACCUGCCUGGCCAUCCUUUUCUGCUCGGCCUACGUGCUUGCCGUGGUAGGAAAUGGGGCGGUUUUGCUGGUGCUGGGGCGGGACAGGGCCCUGCAGGCCCCCAGCCACAUCUUCCUGGCCAUGCUGGCGGUCACCGACGUGCUCGUGGUGCCGGCCGUGGGGCCCGAGCUGCUGAGCCUGCUCUGCCUGGGCUCUGCCGCCAUCGGCCCCGCCGCCUGCUUCCUGCAGAUGUUCCUGGCGCACUCCAGGACCGCCGAGGAGUCGGGGGUGCUGCUGGCCAUGGCCCUCGACCGCCGCGUUGCCAGCCACCCCCUGAGGUACCGGCGGCUCCCGGGCGGCCGGGCCGUGUGCCAGGUACACCUGGCCAUUGCACUGAGGGCUGUCCUGUGCGUGGUGCUGACGGGGCUGCUGAUGUCCCUGCCCUGCUUGCUGCCCCUCUCCUCCUGCGAGCACCUGGCCGUGGGCGGCCUGGCCUGCGCCAGCCCCGCCACCAGCGGCCCCUAGAGCACGGCCUGGUCCUCCCUGCUGGUGGGGACGGGCGCGGCCCUCAUCACCGUGUCCUACAGCGUGAUCCUGAGGGCUGUCCUGGGGAAGGCGUCCCUGAGGAGGGCCCUGAGCACGCGCGGGUGCCGCCUGUGCGCGGUGCUGCUGUCCUACGUGCCCGGGAUGGUGUCCAUCUGCUGCCAGCGCUUCCCCGGCGCCGUGUCCGUGGGCACGCGGGUCCUGCUGGCCGACCUGCACCUGACCCUGCCCGCCGUGCUCAACCCCCUGGUGUCCAGCCUGAGGAGCAGGCAGAUCCGCCAGGCCCUGCUCAGGAUGCUCCUUCCCAGCAAGGGCUGUGCCUGA